AUGUCGCUCUCCCAACGCGUAACCUCGAUAGAGGAGCAUGAGCCAUGGAGUCGAGAAGCCAGCCCCGACUCACGGCACCGCAAAAUGAGCUUCAACCCCGUUGGCACAUGGACAGAGCAGGCAGGCGAAGAGCCCACCAUCGGCGCGUUCGAAGUGCCGCAAUGGAAAAGAAUAUUACAAGUGUUUUUCGCCGUCGUGUACUGUCUCUUCGCUGCAGGCGUCGUGUUCGGGUAUGCAGCCAUCAAGCCCGUGUUGCUCGAAGAAGGAGUCUACAGAGAUUACUGCAGCAAGGAAGAGGUGGAUAACGAUGUUCGUGUGUGCUAUGAGCAGGAGCUUAGGCUUAAUCUCAUGUUCACCAUCGCGGCUGUGUCGACGAAUGUUGUUGCGCUGCCUGUUGGCACGAUUCUGGAUCGCUAUGGACCACGAGUUUGCGGUAUAACGGGUGCGAUAUCCAUCAGCAUUGGCGCCUUGCUCUUUGCCUUUGCCGCAGAGCUUCCCUUUGACGCAUACAUUCCCGGAUACCUGUUCUUAGCCCUGGGCGGACCCUUCACCUUUAUCUCGUCCUUCCAGCUCAGCAACACCUUUCCCCAGUACUCGGGCCUCAUUCUCGCGCUGCUAACCGGCGCCUUCGACACCUCGAGCGCCGUCUUCCUUGUCUACCGCCUCAUCUACCAAGGCACGCACGGCUCCUUCUCGAUAAAAUCCUUCUUCCUCAUCUACCUCAUCGUGCCCGCCUUCAUCUUCCUCGUCCAGCUCCUCUUCAUGCCCUCGGUCUCGUACAAGACGGUCGGCGAGCUUGUCACCACGGCCGACGAAACAAGCGUCAUCCACGACUCGGACGACGAAAUCGAAGACGCCGCCACGGUCCAGUCGCUCCGCGCCGCCCGCCGCGCCCACCGCGACAGCAUCGUCAGCGAAAUCACGUCGCUGCUCGGCACCAAGAACGGGCUCGACCAGGCCAAAGCCGAAGAAAAGAAGAAGAACAUCUCGGGCGUAUGGGGCGCCCUGCAUGGCUUGACGGCUACCCAGCAGAUCCGAACGCCCUGGUUCAUCCUCAUCACCCUCUUCACCGUCCUCCAAAUGACGCGCAUAAACUACUUUGUCGCCACCAUCCGCUCCCAGUACACGUACCUCUUCCACUCGUACCCCAAAGCCGUCGCCAUCAACAACUUCUUCGACGUCGCCCUGCCCGUCGGCGGCGUCCUGUCCGUCCCGUUUAUCGGGCUGCUGCUGGAUAACACGAGCACCGUCUUCACCCUCGCCUUGCUCGUCACCAUUGCCACGACCAUUGGCGUCCUGGGCGUUAUCGCGCAGACAUGGGCUGCCUAUGCUAAUGUCGUGCUUUUUGUCUUGUAUCGUCCGUUGUACUACACGGCUGUUUCUGAUUACUCGGCAAAAGUCUUUGGCUUCGCUACCUUUGGCAAAGUCUACGGCCUCAUCAUUUGUCUUGCUGGCCUCCUCAACUUUUCCCAGUCCGCCCUCGACGCUGCUACCCACAAGGUCUUCCACAAUAAUCCCGUCCCCGUUAACGUUAUCCUGCUUAGUCUUGCCCUGCUCGUCGGAAUGGCCCUCGUCGCCUAUGUCGCUACCAAGAGUCGCGCCAUCAAGAGCCUGAGUCUCGACCAGGACGCCGGUGAGGCGAGUGAGAGUCUUAUUCCCCGUGCGCCGGCUGGGUAUGGGGGUGUGAAUGGGUGGGCGGAGGAAGACGAGGAUAGGGGGAGGAGGAUGUAA